AUGCUAGUUUCCUCGCCCUCGCCCUCCGCCCUUCGCCCUUCCUCCUCUCCUUCGCGUUCCCAUCCUUCCUCCCUUUCUUCUCCCUCUUUCCCUCGUCACCUCGUCGUUUCUUCGUCCUCUACCGCCGCAGCCGCUGCAGCAGCUCCGACGACGGCCACCAACCCGGGGUCUCACUACCAUCUUCAGCAUUAUGAACCUGCCGCCCAUCCAUCAUCCAGUGGUCAUAUCUCUCGGCGCUCAUCCCGCGUCGCCAUUGAAGAGCUUCGUUCGGCUCUAAACCGGCACACCGUUGCCUCCUCGUCCUCCGGGCCCUCAGGGGAUCUCCCGGGCGGCCGUUCCGCUGGGCUGACCACCCUUGGGGGCGACAAUAGUUCCUCCUCGCCGUUGACAACUACUGCAGGUGACCCUGUUCCCUGUUCUCAACCUCCCUUCCCCCCCGGUCGCUCGGCCAGUAACGGCCUAGACCCCCGUCCUGCCGUUCAAGCAUUCGCCCCUCCGCCAUCGUCCAAUCCCCCAAUGACCACGUCCGUUCGCAACGGCGCAGGAACCAGCGCGGGGGCCACCAAGCGUAAUAGCCCAAAUGACCCCCAUGCUAACGGUGCGCAUGCGACCGGGCUGAUCAGCUCCGAUCUGGAGGGCUCGCAGUCGAAGCGGCUGCGGUCCACCAAGCCCGCGGUAAAGGCCCUACCAGCUCAGUACGACCAGGCGGAUCCGCGGGACAUUGUGGUUUUAAUUUCCAGCAUGCUCAUGGAGCUGAUCCGCUUCAAUGAUAAGAUCCCGCUUCACCAGGGACGACUGACGCGCUUCCACUCCCGUUCUCCCCCCCGGAUCUCCGUUCACGACUAUCUGCAGCGACUCACCACCCAUGCGACGCUCUCCCCUCCUAUUCUUCUAAGCAUGGUGUACUACAUUGACCGACUCUGUGCUCUUUACCCGUCCUUCACCGUCUCCAGUCUGACCAUUCAUCGGUUCCUCAUUGCCAGCGCAACCGUUGCGAGUAAAGGAUUGAGUGAUAGCUUCUGGACCAACAAAACGUACGCCCGAGUCGGCGGAAUAAGCAUAACGGAAUUGGCGCUUCUUGAAUUGGAAUUCCUGUUCCGUGUAGAGUGGCGCAUUGUCCCUCAACCGGAAGUCCUAGUGGACUAUUACCAGAGCUUGGUGGAGAGAUGUGAAGGAUAUGAAAUCCAGCGCGAUGGUUGA